CUUUGCUUCUUCUGGUUUAGAUAAUUAUGCUGAGGUUUUUGCUAAGUACUUGCUUAAGUAUAGAGAAGUUGAAAGAAUCAAGGUUGAUGAAUAUAAAUGCAAAAUUACUCAACGACUACUACCACAAGAUGAUGAUGAUAAAGAACAAGAAGAUAAUCAUAGAUCUAUUGAUGGAGAGAUCGGUGAAACCUCUUCACCAAAUUAGCUCGCUUCUUUGUUUCUUGUUUUUUCUUUUGGUUAAGAUAGUUUAAUUUCUUGUUUAUUUCACAUAAUAAAGAAUGAGAAGCAUGAAUGUAAUGUAAUAGAUUGAAUACACUUUUUGGGAUAAAGCAAAAUAGAGAAAAUAAUUAUUAGUUAUUAUGUAACUGAUAUGAAAAGGAGAAAUUUUAUAAAAAGAAAAGUCAGAAAAAGUAUACUAUUUGAAAAUGGUUCAAAGAUAUCAUUAAUCAGCCCAAUUCCUGUAUUGACUUUGCUUUCUCCUCCGUGUCAUCAACCUCACGACCUUUAUCUUCGAUUAUCUGUCAGCAACGACGUUCCAGCUCCGUUUUGCUUAGGAGCACUCUAGAACGAUAUGCAAGUAGAUUUCAACCUGUUGGGCUUGUUAUGUAGUUUACAUUUGGGGUUGCAAGGGACUUUGAGUUUAUAGCCAAGGGAGGUUGUUGUUGAUUCUUCAAGGUUAUCGUGUGCAACUCAUGGCGACCAGGCUUAUGUUCGAGAACUCAUGUGAAAUUGGGGUUUUCUCCAAGCUCACUAAUGCUUACUGCUUGGUUGCAAUUGGUGGCUCUGAGAAUUUCUACAGUGCCUUUGAAACUGAACUACGUGGUGUCAUUCCGGCUGUUAAAGCAUCUAUUGGUGGCACUCGCAUUAUUGGCCGUCUAUGUGCUGGAAACAAAAAUGGGCUUCUUGUACCACACACCACUACUGAUCAAGAACUUCAGCACUUGAGGAACAGUUUGCCUGACCAAGUUGUUAUUCAACGUAUACAAGAGAGACUGUCUGCUUUGGGAAACACGAUUUCUUGUAAUGAUCACGUUGCUCUCGCACAUACCGAUCUUGACCGGGAAACUGAAGACCUCAUCGCUGAUGUUCUUGGAGUAGAGGUCUUUAGGCAGACAGUAGCGGGCAACGUUCUCGUUGGAAGCUACUCUAGUUUUACGAAUAGAGGAGGCUUGGUUCAUCCACAUACAUCCGUUGAAGAUUUGGACGAGCUAUCAACCCUUCUUCAGGUCCCGUUAGUCGCUGGAACCGUGAAUCGUGGAAGUGAAGUGAUUGCGGCUGGAUUAACAGCAAAUGACUGGACUGCAUUUUGUGGUUCGGACACCACUGCCACCGAGUUAUCGGUCAUCGAGAAUGUUUUCAAAUUGAGGGAGGCUCAACCAAGCUCCAUUGUCGAAGAAAUGAGGAAGUCAUUAAUUGACAGUUAUGUGUGAGGAGUUUCUUCUUCUACACUUGAGAUUUGCAAGCAAUUAAUUGUUAUUACUGUCUUUUAUCUUCUUCUGUUAUAUUUAACGACUUUGAGAGUGUGAACUUUGACUAUCCACAUCGGGGUUGUAUACUUUGGUAUCAUUGUCUUGGUCUCGUAUUAUUGUUACCAUUACCUAAGGUCAAUCGGUAACGAUAUCUGUAAUAAUAACAAUACUUAUGACAUAUUUAUAAUUCUCUUACUAUAAUAGUAAAUAGUAUUUGUAA